GUGCCUGAGAGAAAAAGCAGAGCGGGUUGGCGGAGAUAGAGGAGAUGGAGCAUCGGCCACCAACAUUUUCCCUUCCCGCCCCUCACCCUCCAUCCUACUUCCGUUUUCUUCUCCCCUCCCUCUUCUCCAUCUCAUCCUCUUCAAUUGAUUCUUCAAUUUCUCUCCUCCCCUACCCACUUCCUCCAUUAGCUUUGUCUAGCACAUUCACAAUGGCGGCCACUAGCUCCCUUGACCACCUGUCCAACCGGAUGAAGCUGGAGUGGCACUCCAAGCUCAACACCGAGAUGGUCCCCGCGAAGAACUUCCGCCGCACCUCCAUCAUCGGUACCAUUGGUCCCAAGACCAACUCCGUUGAGAAGAUCAACGCUCUCCGCACUUCUGGUCUUAACGUUGUCCGCAUGAACUUCUCCCACGGUUCAUAUGAGUACCACCAAUCGGUCAUUGACAACGCCCGCGAGGCUGCUAAAGUCCAGACUGGCCGUCCUCUGGCCAUUGCCCUCGACACCAAGGGCCCCGAGAUCCGUACCGGUAACACCGUCGAUGACAAGGAUUUCCCCAUCUCUGCUGGUACUGAGCUCAACAUCACCACCGACGAGGCCUAUGCCACCGCCAGUGAUGACAAGAACAUGUACCUCGACUACAAGAACAUCACCCAGGUGAUCUCCCCCGGCAAGCUCAUCUAUGUCGAUGAUGGCAUUCUGUCUUUUGAGGUGCUCGAGGUGGUGGAUGACAAGACCCUGCGCGUCAAGUGCUUGAACAAUGGCAACAUCUCUUCUCGCAAGGGUGUCAACUUGCCCGGUACCGACGUAGACCUCCCCGCUCUGUCGGAGAAGGAUAUCAGCGACCUGAAGUUCGGUGUCAAGAACAAGGUCGACAUGAUCUUCGCCUCGUUCAUCCGCCGCGGUAGUGAUAUCGACAAGAUCCGUGAAGUCCUCGGCGAGGAAGGCAAGGAGAUCCAGAUCAUUGCCAAGGUUGAGAACCAGCAGGGUGUCAACAACUUUGACGAGAUCCUUGAGGCCACUGAUGGUGUCAUGGUUGCCCGUGGUGAUCUCGGUAUCGAGAUCCCCGCCCCCAAGGUGUUCAUCGCUCAGAAGAUGAUGAUCGCCAAGUGCAACAUCAAGGGUAAGCCCGUUAUCUGUGCCACUCAGAUGCUGGAGUCCAUGACGUACAACCCUCGCCCGACCCGUGCUGAGGUCUCCGACGUUGCCAACGCCGUCCUGGACGGUGCCGACUGUGUCAUGCUGUCGGGUGAGACCGCCAAGGGUAACUACCCUUGCGAGGCCGUCAAGAUGAUGCACGAGACCUGCCUGCUGGCCGAGGUUACCAUCCCCCACUUCCAGAUCUUCGAUGAGCUCCGUAACCUGGCUCCUCGUCCCACCGAGACUUCCGAGUCCAUCGCCAUGGCUGCCGUCAGCGCCAGUCUGGAGCUGAACGCCGGUGCCAUUGUCGUCCUGACCACCAGUGGCAAGACUGCCCGCCUUCUUUCCAAGUACCGCCCCGUCUGCCCCAUCCUGAUGGUCACUCGCAACGCCACCGCUUCCCGGUACUCCCACCUGUACCGUGGUGUCUGGCCCUUCUACUUCCCCGAGAACAAGCCUGACUUCAACGUCAAGAUCUGGCAGGAGGACGUCGACCGCCGCCUCAAGUGGGGUAUCAACCACGGUCUCAAGCUCGGCAUCAUCAACAAGGGCGACCCCAUCGUCUGUGUUCAGGGAUGGCGUGGCGGUAUGGGCCACACCAACACCGUCCGUGUGGUUCCUGCUGAGGAGAACCUCGGCCUGGCCAUGGAGUAGAUCUUCGACGGUGCCAUAUGAUGAAGGCCACGAAUCUAUUGCUCCAUUCUUUGUUUUAGUCCUUUCUCUUUUUUGGUUUAUCGCUGGUGCGAGGGGUCGGAUACAUACCUUAUUUUUUCAUUAUUUUUUUGAAUCUGCAAAAAGAUUUCUUGCCAUUAUUUCCAGCCUCAAGCUCGUUUCUGCUCCUUGGUCUGGACCAUUGCUGUUUCUUGCGAAGAGGUGCUUGCAUUGUUGAUGUACAUGAGAAUGAAUCUAAUGCCUCCAGGUCAAAUGCGUUGUUCGAGUAAGCCUAGACUUUCCUUGAGAGGAAUGAACAAACUUAGACCUGGGAACAAAUUGUCAGUCCCUAGUUAGUGAGCGGGUUAGUUUGUCUCGUACUCGUCCGCGCUGUUCAAAGCAACGGGAAGUUCUGCGCGCAUUCCUGCACGUCUUUUGCUCAGGUACUCUCUCUUUGGGAGACUCGUCAAGGGCAUCACGCGAGCAAAGAGCCUGCUUCUCAACCACGAGAAAAAGAAAAGAGGGAGAAAGAAAGAAAAGAAAAGAAAGGAAAGGCACAGCCGACGGUCAACCGGAAAGGCCUUCCCUCAAUGCGGGGGUCACGAAAACGCGCUGCCGGACUCCGAGGCCGAGGCAUGUGUCCUGCAGGCACCCGGGCAAGUAUACAGCGUAUGUACUCUCGCCAUAGUCGCAAUAAACCUCUUCAUUGAAGAGUCAUGCAGCACGACAAGGUCAAAGAGUUGAUCAAUUGCACG